AUGCUCAACACGGAACACGCCAUGUUCUGGAUUAUCCUCAUCCUGCUUCUAGUUACCUUUCGCGACACCAGAGCAGUGUGUAGGAUUGAGGACACGAAGUGCUGGUGCGUCGAGAUGGACCCACCCAGUGAGAGUCUUUCAAACAUCCUAGUCUACUGCUGCCAGAGUGACGUUUUCCAUGUCUACAUAAACGGAAGUGAGCUUGUGGGAGGCAGCGUGUUCUACCACAAACCCUGUCACAAUCUCAUCGACUUCCGCAUACACGCACCUACCCAGUCAAAUCUACCGCCAAACGGACUUGCAUUCAAUGGACUGCCGAAUUUGGAAAGCCUGCAUAUCACAGGCGAUCGAUCACUAGGCGCCCUCCCCGACGGUGUCUUCGCUGGACUUGGUGCCAGUUUGCGACAACUGAAUCUCUCGGCAAACGCUCUUACGGCCUUGACAGGUGCUGAGUUCGCUGGACUUGGGAGUCAGAAUAGCCGAUUGGAUGAAGUUGAUCUUAGCAACAAUCGGAUGCGUGAUCUCGCGGCGGGGUGCUUCCAGGCAUUUAGACGAGUGCGACGUCUCAAUCUGGAGGGAAACUUGAUUGCAGAAUUGCGUCCGGACGUGUUCACUGGGUUGGAAUUCUUAGAGGAACUAAACCUUCGCUCCAACCCGAUAGACGUUAUCAUCGGAGGGACCUUUGGUUCGCUGUCGAAGCUCAGGAAACUGUUUAUUUCUGGCGUUGGUUCUACGACGUCCCUCGCUGCACUGACUCCGGGAAUGCUCUAUGGACUGCAUGCGCUUCGUCAGUUGGAAUUCUCUAAUCUCGGAAUUGCCACCAUUAACGUGGAGACCUUCAUGGAAAUGCGCCAGUUACAGGAACUUGACUUGUCGGGAAACCUCCUAACUGAGGUCCCUCAAUUGGCUUUCAAACGUAUGGUCCUUGCCCAACGUACAGCCCGCUUCCAGCGCCUAAAUCUUUCUAAUAACCGCAUUAUCUGCCUACCAGACGGCUCAUUUUCCGAUUUUCCCCAACUAAAGUACCUUGAUCUAAGCGGUAAUCUCUUGACUGUGAUCGGUGACCAGGCCUUCCGUGGUGUAAGGCAUAUGCGUGACCUCAAUCUCCUUGACAACCCGCUGUCGGUUAUCAUCCCCAGUGCGUUUGAUGAGUUUACUGUCGUCGACGGAGCCGGAUUCAGGAGCGCCCUCAAUAUCAUCCACAGACAUCGGCAGCCGGGAGAGAUGCUGCUGCAGAAUACGGUUGUUCGACUCCCACAAGACGAGAAAAUAGUGGGCAUGAACAAGCUGCGUCUAAGAGCAGUUUAUGGUCGACAAAAUGAACCGGUUGAUUCCCCCAUAGCCAUCUUCGCUGACCUGCGAUGUCCCAGUCUCCCUUUGCCAAACCACAUCUCCCUCAAGCACUCCACAUUGAACGUCAAGAACCCCGUUGAGGAGAAGGCAGUCUCUGGUCUAGGGGGAUUUCUGUCUGAAAACAAAAUCCUCAUCAUUGUUGUUGUCAUCUGCGCAGGUCUCACGCUGAUUGUCACAUCAGCAACGAUUUUGUCCUGUCAGAGCUGUCGAAAACGCCGUCUUCGUCGAAAGAAUAACAAGAAUCAGAUUGAUGAGGGUGUAGUCACUAGUCCACCGGAAUCAGAGACUGGACGAUCGCAUUUCUCCGCACCGUCCAAACAAAACACUUUCUCCUACAACAGCCUCGAAGUUGCUAGCGCUGCGUACAGUGAGCAGAUACCGGUGUCGAUGGAGAAGAUGUCGACCAGUGAGAGGCUGUUCAAUCUGGGCCAGAAGGUUGCUCCACCGCCCUAUCCGCACAACCUACAAACCAUGGAGGAACGACUGAGGCAGGUGGCAGCGACUGUCGCGGUUCCCAUGUUCGGCGCCUACUCCACCAGUGAUUCCCCCCACCACCCACACUCCGGCCAAUCAUCGCCCAGCAACCUGGGCAGUUCUCCGAGGUUCUCGAGUUCGGCUUCUUCGGUGCAGCAGCACCGCCUCAACCCUCCCCCAGCACUCCACCUGGUCAUGACUGGUUCCACCAUCGAAGGGAACAAACCACCCCCUCCGAAUCCUCCUCCCCCAGGCAGUGCGUCGCCGCUCCACGAGUCUGGAAUUGUCUCCGACAACGCCUCGUCCUCUCUUGUGACAGCACUUGGCGUUCUGUAG